AUGGAUGAAUCUUCUGCUAUAUCAGCUGUCAUGGAAGGCGUACAUGUGGUGAAUGGUUUGGAGUACAAGAUGUAUUGCAGCUCAUCAAAGGCAAACAAGAGAAGGAUUUCAGCGACUGGCGCUUCAAAGAUGCUUGCCAACAUUCUCUAUUCUUACCGUGGGAUGGGUUUGUCUGUUGGGACAAUGAUUGCAGGAUGGGAUGAAAAGAGCCCUGGUCUGUAUUAUGUAGACAGCGAAGGCGGACGUCUCAAGGGAACUAAAUUCUCCGCUGGAUCUGUUUCACCGUAUGCUUACGGUGUACUUGAUAGCGGAUUGGUGGAAUUUGUCAAAAUGACCAUUUUUGCCCUUGUCUCUUUCAUCAACUUAUACUUUUUUCAUGUUUUUCUCAUAUAUAAAAUAUCCUUGAUUCGGUUGCAUUGUGCAUUGCUAGACCUCGGAAUCAAAGCAAGGAAGUAUGAAGAAGCUGUGUAUACUCUUGCUCAAAUGGAAAAGAGAGUUGUAAUGGUGGAAUCUACUUUAAAGGCAACAAUGCAAUACAAUUCUAGCCAAGUCAAAGCAGUACAACCAACAGGGUUAAUUCGUCCGGAAUCUAACACAGCUGGAAGAAGGUCGGGGAUACUUUCAUUUGGACUUGGUUAUACAAAUAGGUUAUAUAGUUAG